AUGUAUGAUACAAUUAGCAAAAUUUACGCAUGUCUAGAUGGUUCCUAUUGCACGUUGGAGAGUUGCUCUAAAAUGUCAGGAUACAAAGCAGAGUACUUUUGGAGAUACAAUGAUAAAGAUAAACCUAUUUCAUUGCCUGCAAUAACAGUUUGUAUAGUUUUAAAAUAUAUACAUAAUCUUUUCGAUUGGAUCAAUGAUUUAGCAGAGGAUCCAGAUGUGUUUCCACCCGAAUACGAAUCUUAUCCGAAAAACUUUCGACCAACCGUCAAAAAGAUAUUAUCAAGAUUGACAAGGGUUUAUUCACAUAUCUAUUGUUAUCACUACGAAGAAUUAAAAUCAAUAGGAUUAUCUCAACACUUGAACACUGCUUUUAAAUUUUUAUAUUAUUUUAUUCUCGAAUUUGGAUUAAGUAAUGAAGCAGAGUUAGCAUUACUUCAAGAAGUAUUGGAUAAUUUAUCUUUGAUUGGAAAAUGUAUUUCAAAUUAA